GUAGAAAUCAUAUCUGUUUUAGUUGCCCCUCAGUUUCCAGGUACCCAGGAGAGUACGGCAUUACCCAAAUUUGCAUUUAUAUACUUUCCUACAGCAAUAUUCAUUUCAUUUUAUAUUUUUGCCUACUUCUAUUCCUACUAUUACUUUCCCAUCACCACAUCUCCCCAAACAAAUUCGAGUCUAAUGUCAUUGACUCAGAAGAUCAUGCUCCAGCAAUCUAUACCCUAGGGUCUCUCUGGGUUCUUCUAAAGAAACUCGAAUUCCUUUGCUUUACAAUAUGGUUGUGUUUUCUCGUAACAAUGAUAUUCCUAGUCUACACCUAAGUAAUUCUUUCAGUCCAUCCAGAGGAUAUGUCCUCUCGGAUGUUCAAACCGGAAAUAUUCAUCCCCAUCAGGUUUAUGCUCUGGAACUUGAAUGAUUUAUCUGGACAAGUAGUCUGUGCAUAGCAGAGGUUCACUUGUAACAGACUGAAGCUUCUUGCAUUGGUCUCCAUAGCCCAGUUAGUAUAUGUCUCUUUGUAUACAAUGUGUAACAUCAAGGUCCAUGGGGCCGUGAUCUCGAGCAACCUCUUUUACUAGCUUGUUCAGUUCAUAUUCAAGAUGUCUAACAGGUGGGUUGGGAGUAAUGUCAUGAUGUUAACACCUAGAUGGGUUGGUGAUGAUGAGAAAGAGACUAGUAGUGGUUUUAUGGAUAUU